GGGGGGUACUGAGCAGGGCCCCCUCCAGCCUGAGACCCCCCCCGACCAGCAUAGGGACCCCCCAGAACAGGCCUCGUGCUCCCCGUCCCCUCCUGCUGCAGCAGCCCCCAAAGCUCCCCCGUUGGGUGCUGUGCGAGCUGUGGGAGCCCCGGGGGAGACCCCCAGAGUGCGGGGGAGCCGUGCCCAAGCCUCGACGUCGUGGACCGCGAGGUUGGCUGUUAAGUGCACAAUGAGUAGUGAAGAGGAAACAUGGGAGAAGUUGGAUGCGGAAUUUGAUCACUAUGUUGUAGAUAUGAAGCCAUUUGUGCUAAAAUUACCACAUAAAUCAGAACGUCAGAGAUGUGCGCUCUGGAUUAAAAAACUCUGCGAGCCCUCAGGAGCAGGUGCGGGAAUUAUGGGUAGAAAGAAUCGGAACUUGUAUGCAAAAUUGUUGCUGCAUAUGCUGAAACGAGGAGUUCUAGAAGGCCCUUUUACACAUAAACCUGAACCUGGAAUACUGAAAACCUUGCCUUCAUAUAUGUCAAUCUAUUUUGAUGAACCAAAUUCAACGAGAGCACAGAGUGGUAGCCCAGAAGCUUUACCUGACUGGGUCAUGGGAGAACUAGGAACAAGUGAAUCAAAAUUGGGGGAAUCAUGGAAAUUCUCUUCUAGAGAGGAGUCAGCUUUGGUAGCAUCACCACUUGUACACAGGGAAAGAUACAAGUAUAAUGGGAAGCUAGCGUUAAGGUCACAUUCUAUGAGUCCACCUCACCGGUCAGAUGAGGACAACCGUGCCAUGCAGACACCUGAAGAUCAACACAAAAAGCCCAUUUCUUUGGACGACAGUGAUCUUGAAGCUCGUCUCAAUAGUUGGAAUCUUGGGCUAGAAAAUCCAAGAUAUUUGCGAGAGAAGCCCAUACCUCUGUCUCUGAUAACACCCAAAAUGGGCUUGGGAAAAAUUAGCACUUUUCGAGAUGAACAGUCACUGUUUCGCAUGCACGAAAAAGAGCUGGAGAUGAAAACAAAAAUAAUGGAAGCUAAAUUUCAUGAAGAAAAGCUUAAAUUACAGCAGAAACAUGAUGCUGAUGUUCAGAAGAUUUUGGAUAGAAAGAAUAAUGAAACUGAAGUAUUGAAGACCCUCUACAAAAGUAAACAGAAUGAAGCUGAGGAGACUAUUAGAAAGCUAGAAAAGAAAGUUCAGACCCUUGUUCGCGAGUCACAAGUUGUCAGAGAGACUAAGGAAAAGCAGAUUGUGGAGUUAAAGAAGUUGUGUGAGCAGAGCACAGAUUCUCUGAACAAUGACUGGGAGAAGAGGCUCCAUAAUGCUGUGGCAGAAAUGGAAAAGGAAAAAUUUGAUCUUCAGAAGAAACACACAGAAAAUAUCCAAGAACUGCUUGAGGACACAAAUGCACGUCUUAGUAAAAUGGAGACAGAGUACUUGGCACAGACAAAGGCAACUAACCAGAUGGUCAAAGAACUGGAGGCCCGUGUCCAGCAGCUGACUGUAGAGGCUGAAAGUAGUAAUUUACAGCGUCAGAAAUUAUCUCAGGAAAAGACUGAUCUAGAGCAAUGCUACCAAGCAGUAUGCACUGAACUGCAGGAGAUGAAAUCAAGGUGCAACUCCCUUCAGAAAGAGAAGGAUCGCAUAAUACAAGAUUAUGAACAGAAUAUUCAACAACAGCAAAACAAAUAUGAUAUUGACAUAAAUUUUAUGAAACAGGAACAUGCUCUCUCAGCAGCUAAGGCAUCUGAUGUGAUUGAAGAAUUAGAACAGAGUGUGUCUGAAUUAAAACAACAGUUACAAGAAUCAGAACAUCAAAGGCAGCAACAGCUGAGGGAUCAAGAACACAAAUUUCAACAGGAAAAACUUCAUUUAGAGCGGAUUCAUGAAAAAAAGAUUCAUGGCUUCCAAAAUGACCUUGAUAAAGAGAGAGGGGAUGCUCAAAAGAAAAUUCGCAAACUGGAAGAGGCUUUGAAGGAGAAGGAGGAGCAGCUGACUCGGGUGACAGAGGUACAGAGGCUGCAGGCCCAGCAGGCAGAUGCUGCCCUGGAGGAGUUUAAGCGGCAGGUGGAGCAGAACUCAGAAAAAGUCUAUGCUGAAAUGAAACAGCAGAUGGAAAAGGUGGAAUCAGAUCUAAGCAGAUCAAAAUCUCUCCGUGAAAAGCAGUCAAAAGAAUUCUCUUGGCAGUUGGAAGAACUCAAACAAAGAUAUGAGCAACAGAUAGUAGAGCUGAAGCUGGAGCAUGAACAGGAGAAGACGCACCUAUUCCAGCAGCACAACACAGAGAAGGAUUGCCUGGUCCGAGAUCACGAACGGGAAAUUGAAAAACUAGAAAAACAGCUCCGCGCUGCCAUGACAGAGCACGAGAAUAAAACUCAAGAAUGCAGGAAACGAGAUGCACAGCUGUUCCAUAUUCUUGAUCAUCUCUGUUAUCCAUCUAUGAACCUUUUCCAGUUCCACUAUAUCCUUUCUGAAAUGGAGCAACCAGAACUGGACACAGUAUUCAAGAUUAUCCAUGAUAUGGAGGCCCAAAUCCACAAGCUGAGAGAAGAGCUUAUUCAGGUAAAUGCUCAGCGGAAGCAACAGUUGGUAGAGCUUAGCCUUCUGCGGGAAGAAGAAAAGCAGAGGGCUGCUCGGGAUCACGAGACUGCAGUGAAUAAGCUUAAAGCAGAGUCGGAAAAGAUGGCCUUAGACCUGAAAAGGACACAUGCUGCAGAGACAGAGAUGACAUUGGAAAAGGCCAACAGCAGGUUGAAGCACAUUGAAAAGGAAUACAGUCAGAAGUUGGCCAAAUCUUCACAGAUUGUAGCUGAACUUAAGACAACCAUUUCCUCUCUGACAGAGGAAAGCAGCCGGCAGCAGCUUGCUGCAGAAAGGCGGCUCCAGGAUGUUGUACAAAAGUUUGAAGAUGAGAAGCAGCAGAUGAUUAGAGAUAAUGACAGAGCAAUCAAGGCUUUACAAGAUGAAAUGGAAAAUUAUUGCAAUCAGGUACGGUCUACAGAAAAGAAACUGCAGCACAAGGAGUUGGAGACACAGGAACAGGUGACAUACAUACGACAAGAAUAUGAAACCAAACUUAAAGGUCUGAUGCCAGUGUCUUUGAGAAAGGAACUCGAAGACACCAUUGCAUCUUUAAAAUCUCAGGUAAACUUUCUGCAGAAGAGAGCAUCUGUCCUACAAGAAGAACUGAAUGUGUACCACACCAGAAGGUAACUGCUGGAGCAGAGGAAAUUGUUCAAGUGACAAAUGGACCUCUUUCAGCAGGUUUGAAGAUUUGGAUCUUGUAAAUUAAUCUGUGAGAUCAGUGGCUGUUUUGUUAGCACAGAAAAUGUAAUUAAGCUCAUGAAAGCACAUCUGUCCUUCAUGCCAGUAUUUUUUGAGUUGUAUCUUACUUGAAUUAUUUUUUACCAUUAUCUUAUUACAGAUUUACAAUUUUGCUAUAUUAAGUGUGUUUGUGUGUGUGCUCAAUUUACUUAUUGCGCAACUAAAUUCCUUCCACUCUUGGUUUUGCUGUUAUUUCCUAAUGUCAUUUUUAUUCAGUUUUAUACAUGAUAAAAUCAUGUUUCUAUUAUUAUUCAAGAUAUUUUAAAACAUAUUUUACCUUGUUUUCAUGUUCAUAUGUUUAUAUAAUAUUAAAAUAUUCUUUUGUA